AUGACGCGGAAUGUUGCGGGCCGGGGGCUGGUGGCGCGCAGCUGCGCCUCGCCCCGCCGGGGCCCGGCGCGAGCCCCCGGCAGCCUUGCGCAGAAGGAGGAGCAGAGGCAGGAGCUGGAAGCGCUGCGGGCUGAGCUGGAGGAAGAGCGGCUCCACACCCAAGAGCUGCGCCGCCGCUUCGCUGCCGAGACCCGGGAGCUGAAGGCGGCUUUGGACAGGGAGCAGCAGCUCCUGGCACAGCGGCUCCAAUGCGAGUGGGAGCAGCGACAGGCUCAGUCGGUGCGGCAGCUGCAGGAGCUGAACCAGCGGCAGCGGGUGGCAGAGACCCGCCAGCUGCUGCGCUGGAAGGAGGCUGAGCUCCGCGAGGGGCAGGAGCUGCUGCAGCGGGAGUUCACUGCCGCCGCUCGCCAGGCGCGGGACCUGCAGCGGCAGCUGGCUGAGGAGAUGGCGAGGCCCACCAGGAGCAUCAGGGAGGCCAGAAGCAAGCUCCGGGACGUCCUCAGCCAGCUCCCGUGGGAGACGGAUGGCGACCAGCCCGCCCACAUCCGCCACCUCCAGAACCAGCUGCAGCUGGAGAGGAGACUCUUCAUCAAAUACAUCCUGCAGCGGUUCGAGGGCGAGCUGCCCGCCUCCCCCGGCACGGCCCAGCCCGAAGGCCCUUCUGGGCACCAGGGGCGUCAGGAGAUGCAGAGCUCCUGCUCCUCUGGCCAAAACGGGCCCCAGGCCCUGGAGGCACUCCAGAAAAGACUGCUGGAAAGCCCCAGCGCUGGGCAGCGAACAACACGCAAGGCUGUGGCAGAUGCUCAGCUCCAGGUGCCAGAGGGGGAAGACGUGGUGCUGCCUGGCAGCACGUGCAGCCAGCUCCUGGGGCAGAACACCCGCCUGCAGCGUCUUCUAGAAGAGCUGGCGAGGCAACAGAGUGCCCUUGAGACAGAGAACCGCCUCCUGACAAAGGACGGCUCUGCAGAAGCGUGCAAGGAGGCAGAGAGGCUGCAGCAGAAAAAUGCGCAGCUAGCUGCCCUUGCCUUGCAGCUGGCAGAAAAAUCCAGGCACCUGCAGGCAACCAUCGAUCGCCUGGUCAGUAGUUGCAAGCCACUGCCCACCCAAAGCUCCGCUGAGGAACCGUGUAUGGCAUCGUUUCCUCAGCAGAGGGAUGGAGACAUGGGAGAGCCUGCCGGAGCUUUGCUGGUAGGGGACAGGCGGGAUGACGUCUCCCACAAGGUGCCUGAGGAGCUUCAGGCCCAAGUGGCUGCAGAUGAAGGGGGCUCCUCUGAUGUGAGCACCCGCUGCCCAGCUUGUGAGGAGCUACAGCUGCAGCUCGUGGAGGUGACAGAUGCAAACAGCCGACUGGUGGAAGAAAAUGCUCGCCUCUGGGGGCAGAUGGGUUGGACACAACAGGUUCAAGCUGAAAAUGCUGACCUGAAAGGGCACCUGGCGCGAGUGGCAGACGAGCGAGACUCUGCCAUCCGAACGAACAUCUGCCUUCAAACCCAGCUGCAAGAGGCAGAGCGUGAACUGAAAGCCAUGAGAGAAAUGGCAGAAAGGAGUCAACAGCUGGGGAAGGAACUGGAGGAGACAAAGUUAGCGCUCCAGAGGAAAGAAGAGGAAGGCAGGCGUUUGCAGAGGGCUGAGACAGAAGUAUACAGGGAACACAACAAAACCCUGCAACUCUUCCAAGCCCAGUUGAUUGAACUGAAUGGUCAGUAUCGGAAGCUAAACAAGCAACGCCAGCAGCUCUAUCAGGAACUUGGACGGCUGGGAAGAGAAAGAUCCGACCGCAUCAAUUCCAGGCCGCUCCAGGCUCAGCUGGCAGCAGACAAAGAGACCGUCCUCUGGGAGGCCAUGAGAAAACAACCGUCAGAGCUUCGAGCAUUCAUAGCUCGAUACAGCUAUGACCCUUUCGAUGGUCCCAAUCAGCAGCCUGAACUAGAGCUUCCUCUAGUUGCUGGACAAUAUGUUUACGUCUUUGGAGACGUGGAUGAAGACGGUUGGUAUGUGGCAGAGCUGACCAACGGCACAAGAGGAUUUGUCCCCUCAAAUCUUGUGGAAGAGGUUUCAGAUGACGGACAAUCUGAUGACACCGGAGCCUCCGCAGAGACAAGUGACUGA